UCCAUUCUAUGAAUUGAGGCUGGCAAAGAGGCACUCACAGAGAGGAAGCCCCAAAGAACCGUCGAAAUGUCCAGCCUUCUCUACCUACUUGGUUCCUCUCUGCCUUCUCUGCUGCUGGUUCUGCUCCUUGGUGUCUCUGGAGCCAGCGGCCAGGAAGAGUUCCCCGUGCUGCAGCCUAAGGAUCCCAUGUCUGUGGCAGAGGGAGAGACAGUCACCCUGAACUGCACAAUACCUGGGGCUUCACCACCAGGACCAGUGAUAUGGUUCAAGGGGAAAGGGCCCCAGAGACAGGAAAUUUGCAAUUUCAAAGGAGGCACCUACCCCCGGAUAAAGAAAAUAGCCCCAUUUAGCAGCAUCACAGACUACUCCAUCAGUAUCAGCAACAUCACUCCAGAGGACAGUGGCACCUAUUACUGUGUGAAGUUCAAAAGGGGAACUACUGACACAGAGAUUAAAUCUGGUGGGGGCACCACAUUGUCUGUGACGGCCAAACCCUCUUCUCCUUUGGUGUCCAGCCCCCAGAAGAGAAUAAGCAUCAACCAAAUGGUGUAUAUCUCCUGUAGCUCGACUGGCUUCUUCCCCAAAGACAUCACCCUGAAGUGGUUUAAAAAUGGUAUUGAGUUCCCAGCUCUCUGGACCCGUGUUUUCCCUGAGGAAGAAAGCUUUUCCUACAACUUCAGCAGCACUGUGCAGGUGCUGCUCACAGCUAGUGAUGUUCAUUCUGAGGUCAUCUGUGAAGUUCAUCACCACACAUUACAGGCUCCUCUGCUUGGGAAAAAGAAGUUGUCAGACAUUAUUCGAGUUCCACCAGAAAUUGGUGUAUCCAGUGUGUCAAUCCCCUCAAACUGGAUGGCAGCCACCUGCUCUGUGAUGAAAUUCUACCCCAACCAAUUAAAGGUCACCUGGCUGGUGAAUGGCAUCAUUGUUGGAGGAGAGAAGUCAACCACACACACUGAGAACAAGGAUGGUACCUACAAUCUUGAGUGCUUACUCGUGGUACCCUUGUCUGUGCAGAAAGAAAAUAUUGUUUUCACCUGUCAGGUGUCCCAUGAUUCCCAGCCUCCUAUCAAUGAGACACUGAGAGCUUCAGCUUCUCCCUUGCAUGAGGCUCCAAUAGACCCAGGCUCAGCAGUUUCUGCACAGCUCUUUGUGAUUUUCCUCCUGGGACUCAAGGUUCUAUUGCUGCUCAGUGUUUCCUUAUUCUUUGUCCACAGAAAGUGGAAAACAACGGCCUCAGCAGCUAGCCUCUCCUUCAAGAGCUCCUCUGUUCCAGCCCCUCAGUCUUGACUUCUUCCUGCUUCCAGCCAGGGUUUUGGUCUGUGAUAGAAUACAGAGUUUCUUGCUACUGGCCCAUAACAGCUGAUCCAAAACCAGCUCCCUUGUAUUCCUCUGAGCCCAGCAACCCUGACUAAGGGGCAAGGGUAUAGUACACACCAGACUGAACUUGACCUCCCUAGGUUGAAGUGAGCUCCAAGGCACAACAGGACACAGACUGAUUCUUAAAGUCUUUACCUCUGUUCAUUCCCAGCAGAAGAAGAGAGAACUACAUGGUUUAGAAUGAAGAUCAUUUAGUACUGCUCCUGUGGAAUGACCAGAGACACCAUUGUUCCUUCUCUUUUCUGCCAUCACCAUUGUUGUCCUUCCUUUUGUCCUCAUCUUCUUGAUCUUCCUAUUUUAUUAACCUCAUCCUCCUUAAUCUGUGGGUGAUUCUGGUACUUGUUCUUUUCAUUCUUGUUCUUGUCCUCAUCCUUGCCUCCUCACCCUUGUUCUUUAUUUUCCCACUGUCACUCUUAUUCUCCUUCCCUUUCUAUUUUUUCCCUUCUUUUGGUCCUUGUUCUUGUUCUUGUCAUCUUUUUCUUAUUCUUCCUGUUAUAGUUCUCUAGGUUCUUUUUUAUCAUCUCCAUCAUUUGGCAGUGGAACAAGAUUUGCAGUCAUUCUGGGUAUAUCCAAGGAGCCACUUGUUGGACUACAGCAAUAACAGCCUACAUCCAGUUCAUUUCAUGGUUUCCAUAAAGUUAGAGAAAAGCUGUUCAAUGAUUUCCUUUUAAGUUAAGUUAAUUAAUUAAGCAACUAGAAUGGAAUAUAAUAUAUAAUUUGGACACUAUGUACCUCUACAUUAAAUUGUCAACUUAAUAUCUUUGUCACAACGUAUCCUAAGUGGCUAUGGCUGUCUCCCAAUGUGCUGUGGUAUCAAAGUCAAUGCCAACAACAGGGUUCUUACAUUCACAUUUUUAGGCUACUUCCAUCUCCAGCAACUAGCUCCAUAAUGAUGCUUGCACUGAAUUAAAAUUCAAUCUUGGAGUAAAAGAAAUGGAAAUAACACUUUGGAAUAUGACAAUCAUAGUGUAUCAUGAAGUUCUGCAUCAUCAUCUGUUCUUCAUCUGAAAAAUGGGCUGAAGAGGAAAAUGACAAACCACUCCAGUAUCUUUCCCAAGUAAACCUCAAAUAGGGUCACAAAGAGGUGGACACAAUGUAAAUAACUGAACAACAUAUGAUAGUUACAGUUAACUGGUUUUUAUCCUUUGGCCAUAGGUUAUAUUUUUAUUUCAUUCUUGGGUUUCUUCCUAAUGAUGUGUCACCAGUUGUGUUGGCUGUCUUAAUUCUUGCAAUCUGUAGCUGACCAAAAUCUUUAAUAACUGGUAGACAUACUAACUUGAUAGGCAUUACUACUUUACGUAAUUGGGAUCAUUGCAUAUGUUGAAGCCUUGUAAUUCAGACUCUAUAAAACCUUAUCUUUCAGGAAAUAGGUGAAAAUAAAAUAUAUGCAUGCCCAAUAACACAUAAACCAACAAGUAUGAAGUCCUAGAGCUCUCUACAAAAAUACACUAGCUACAUGUAUGUUGAAAAAUCAUUCAAGCAGUUAAUACUCCACUGUAGAUGGGCCUGAGUGACAGCAAGACCCAUUUAUGAUGUCUUUUAAAAGCCAAAUGCAAUUGAAUGGGAUUAUUUUUAACAACCUCUAUACAACUGUUU